AAUCAAAUUUCAGUAGAGAGCGCCCACCUGAAAAUUACCACCUGCACGCACAAGCACACGCAUCCCCACCGAAUCAUGACGAGCAUCUCGACGCUACUACACCGGAGCCACAGCAACGGGUACACGAGCAGUGGGAGCAGCAAUCACAGCCACAGCAGUAGCCUCUCACCGCAGUUGCCCGGCCUGGCCCUGGGCCUGGGCAUGGGAAUGGGAAUGGGAGUGGGAGUGGGCCUGGGAGCCACCACAGCGCCAACACCACCACCGCCGCCAACUGACCUCGCCAUGCCCCCAGCAGCACCAGCUCCCGCUCCAGCACCGAAGCUGCAGCAUCAUCAGCAACAUCAUCAUAGCCACUCCAAUUCCCACUCCACAGCCACUUCCAAUUCCCAUUCAAAUUCUGGAUCCCAUCACAGCAGUCAUGACCACAUUAAGCGACCAAUGAACGCUUUCAUGGUCUGGUCGCGGGGACAGCGUCGCAAAAUGGCCCAGGACAAUCCCAAAAUGCACAAUUCCGAAAUAUCCAAGCGCCUCGGUGCCGAGUGGAAAUUGCUCACCGAAGGACAGAAGCGUCCAUUCAUCGACGAGGCAAAACGAUUGCGCGCCCUGCACAUGAAAGAACAUCCCGACUACAAGUAUCGACCACGUCGCAAGCCCAAGACGCUCAACAAGUCGCCAGUGCCGGGUGGUGCUAAUGGUGGUGCCGCUUCUGGUGGUUCCAGUAAUAACAGCAAUGGCGGAGCCCCUGGAGGAUCGUCCGCGCCUAAGGACAUACAGUCACAGCUAUCGCCGCUGGGCCAGACGUUGCCCCAUCUGCAUGGACAUGGACACCACCACCAUCACCACCACCUCACGCACCCGCACCACCCCCACCACCAGCACCCCCAUCCGCACCACGUCCAGCUGGCGGCCGCCGCAGCAGCCAACACCCUGAGCGCCAAGUACGGCUUUGGGUCCCCCUUAGAGCUCUCCCUGCCCCGCCUGCCCAACGCCUUUCCCGGCCUCGCCCACUACCCGUUGGACCCGACCCUGGCCCUCGAUCUGCAGGCCCGUCUUCAGGCCAUGUACGCCGGCAGCCUCUACCAGCCGUGGCGCUACCUGCCAUUGAUCAGUCCCGAGACGCCUCCCUCCCCGCCCAGCAGCAGCGGCACUGGCAUCUCAUCCUACGGCUGCGUGAAGUCGGCAAAAUCCUCGCCAGUCGCGGGAGUGGUUCCUCCCAACGUGGCCACCACACCGCCGAACAUCAUUUGACCGACUCCUCUGCGCUUCGGCGCCGGCACCGCCGCAGAGCACGCGGUGUAGACCUGGAAAAGAUGAUACUGAGUAGAUGGACGCUUACGGUCCCAGCACAUUCACCCACUGGUCAUGUGGUCACCCAGGACCCCACAAAACUGAAGAUAAUUGUUAGAUCCUAGUGCUAGUUGAAUCCUUGUGAGUUUUGUGUGUGCUUUGCUUUGAGUUUUGCCUCUCGUUUUACGUUCCGAUUCUGUUGCGGGUCACAUUUGAUGGAGGUAGCAGGAAAGAAGCCUAUUAAAUCUUUAGAAUUGAAUAAAAAUAAUUUAUUUGUUAUUAUGGAA